AUGGGAAAGAAAAGGACAUGUCCACGUUGGAUAGGAGAAAAAAUAUUUCAAGAGCUUAUUGCCCAUUGGAAUUCUGAUAAAUUUAAGGAAAUAUCUAAGAAGGCAAAGAAAAAUAGACCAUCUAAAGUUGGUGGCUGCAACUACGCAGCCGGAAGUAUUAAUGUGGCUGAAGUUGCGCGAAAGAUACGUGAAGAGUUAGGUAGAACUCCACUUCUUAAUGAGCUCCAUAUGGAGACUCAUCUCAAGAGAAAUGGAGAGUUUGUUAACGAGCACGCAAAAAUCACUCGAGAGGAGUUUGAUAGAGAACUUGCCAUAAAAUUGUUAGAGCAUCCUGAAAUACAUGAACCACCACCGGGAUAUGCUGUUGACUCUAGUAUUGGUUUUCGGACUUUGUAUGAUGUUUCAGGUGAAAAGAAGAAAAAUGAGAGAGUGUAUGGUACUAGAGGGUAUGCCAAAAAUAUCAAGCGAUGUAAUAGGGAAUUCAAAAUGAGAUUUGUUGAUGGAGAAGGAACAUCCACUCCACCUAUAUUAACCGCCGAAAUACUUGAAACUGUGAGAAACUUGGCAAAUACUGAGGCAGCACAACAAGUAGCAGAAAGAAAUAAGGAAAUUGAAGAGAUGAAGAGAAAACAAUUAGAGAUGCAAGAAGAAAUGCAGAGAAAAGAAACAGAGUUUCAGAAAGAAAUGAGGAGGCAGAUACAAGGGUAUCAAGAAGCAAUAUGA